GAACAUUUGUGUUAUAAAUGCAUUCAGGUUCAGGGUAAACACUUUGAACAACUUCUGUAAACUGUAUGCAAGUGUAUUUGAGAUAAUAAAUAAAUAUCUACAGGGUGUGUCCCAAAAGUCAUGAAAUAUAUUUUUUUACCGCACCCCUUCUGGUCGCAGCGUGUUUGAACCGGUUGGGUGAGAUGGGGGGGGGGGCCCUUAGCUUCAUUGCGCACCAACGGUCAGUCUGCUGCGAGAAUCAGAAGAAUCAGAAUGGCUGAUUUAGUGCACCCUUGUUUUCGAGACCACGUCACGACGCGCGAUGGCUACUUUCGAGCAACGUUGGGCGAUCAAAUUUUGCACAAAACUCGACAAAAAAGUUACCGAAACUCACGAAUUGCUCAAGCAAGCGUGACGUGGUCUCGAAACAAGGGUGCACUAAAUCAGCUAAUCUGAUUCUUCUGAUUCUCGCAGCAGACUGACCGUUGGUGCGCAUUGAAGCUAAGGGUCCCCCCCACCUCACCCAACCGGUUUGAACACGCUGCGACCAGUAGGGGUGCGGCAAAAAAAUAUAUUUCAUGACUUUUGGGACACACCCUGUAUAAUUUAUUUCAUAAGUGUAACAAAUGUCAUCUAAGAUCUUUGUGGUGGCAUAAUACCUUAACGAUGCUUUAGGACCUGAGCAGACUGACUGUCUUAUACCCUUAAGACAGCCGUAAAACAAUGUUUUUAUGUUUUAAGCCUUUGCCUUGCGACAACGUACAAUAACUGUCUUACGGCUCAUUCAGACUGGACGCGAUGGGCGAUCGCUUGUCGCGAGCGACGAGUGAUAUCCAAUGGGAGUUCUGCGUUUUAUUGCGUCACUUCCUUCGCGAGGCUAGUCGCGACGCCGCUUCGAGAGUUGGUUAAGUUUGAACUUUCAUCGCUCGCGACGAGCGAAAAUUGGUGGAGAGAGCGGCAACGACGGCUUGGUUAAAGAAUACUAAUACUUCGAAAUGGCUUCGAGAUCAGAAGAACCGUAUCCAGAAAUUGUGGAGGCAGGGGGAAGAGAGAGAAAUACAGGGACAAGUGACGGAUUUGGCAGAUUAUUGCUAAAGUUUCUAGCAAUUUAUUGGAGAUCCUUCGUUGUGAUAUUAUGGCCAUUAAUCCUGAUUCCGAUAUUGACUGUCGAAAGUGAAAAACCUCUCGCGAUGAAAUGUUUAUACAUCGUUGCGUUAAUGGCGAUGUUUUGGGUGACCGAAGUCCUGCCAUUACCGAUCACGGGUAUGAUACCAGUGGUUUUAUAUCCCCUGAUGGGUAUUAUGUCCACUAAUGACACCUGUCUAUGCUACAUGAACGAUACUACAAUGAUGUUUUUGGGUAGUUUGGUAAUCGCAGUGGUUAUCGAAAACGCCGGCUUGCAUAUGCGAGUAGCGUUACUCAUUAUCAAGACUAUUGGUUGCAGUCAUCGAAGACUAACAUUAGGCCUGUUCUUUGUGACGAUGUUCAUUUCGAUGUGGAUUUCAAACACUGCCGCUACAGCCAUGAUGAUACCGAUAAUGGAAACUGUUCUUGUAGAGCUCGAAGCGCAAGGACUUGGAAAUAUGUUCGUACAGAAAGAGGGCGCGGUCGAGGAAGAAGGCGGGGAAACAAGCAAGAGACCAACACACAGUACCAUGGUAUAUUAUCUCGUCGCAGCAUACGCGUCCAGUCUCGGUGGUAUCGGCACCAUUGUCGGAAGCGGCACCAAUUUAACGUUGAAAGGCUUUUUAGAGAAGCGCUUUCCCCAUAGUCCCGGCAUAAAUUUUGCCUCUUGGAUGUUGUACUCGGUGCCGCCUAUGCUAUUGAUGGGUUUGCUCACGUGGUUAUGGCUGCAAGUAAUGUACAUGGGCCUCUUCAGACGGGAAAGCAAAGAUGCUCGUGCCAUAGAUAUUGGACAGCAAGGGGAACGUGUCGCUGCAGCGGUCAUCGAGAAGCGGUACAAGGAACUUGGACCGAUCUCGUGGCACGAGUCCUCCGUGGGUAUCCUAUUUAUAUUCGUGGUGCUCUUGUGGUUCUUUAGAAGCCCCGGUUUUAUGCCGGGCUGGGCCGGUCUUAUCACAGACUUGUCCGUUAAGGAUUCAACAGCAGCCGCGUGUGUAACAAUAUUAUUUUUUAUUAUUCCAUCAAAGUUGGACUUUUUGCACGCAUUUAACAAGGAUCCACAUAAACGACCCAAAAAAUCAUCAUCCGGUUUAAUAACAUGGAAGAUGAUAAAUGAGAAAAUGCAUUGGAGCUUAAUAUUCGUGUUAGGUGGUGGAUUUGCUAUCUCAGCAGGUAGCACUUCAUCAGGUUUGUCGGAGAUGCUCGGUCAGUACCUAAUAGGUCUACAAAAGAUUAAUGUGGUGGCAAUAUUACUGAUCGUCUGCUUCUUCGCCGAGAAUGUAACGGAGUUAACGGCCAAUGUAGCUGUCGCAAAUAUUAUACUGCCAGUGUUAGCGGAGAUGUGCGUGGCUAUUAAAAUACAUCCCUUGUAUCUAAUGCUGCCAGCGGCUCUCUGUUGUUCUUUUUCGUUCCACCUACCAGUAGGUACCCCACCAAACGCAAUUGCCAGUGCCGCGGGGCACAUAAAGACAAAAGAUUUUAUAAUUGCUGGUAUCGGACCCAGUAUCGUUACGCUUGUUGUAACUGUAGCGACGUUUCCUACCUGGGGUGCAUAUGUGUUUAAUCUAUCCGAAUUCCCCGAAUGGGCAACAUAGCGGUACUUACGCGGCAUAUCUCCUUGUAUUCGAUAUUUAUUUAUGAUUUUAUUCCACCAGAAAGCAAAGAAUAAUUUUUACAAUGACAAGAGUACUACUCGCACUACAUAUUUCUGAUUUUCUCCGCUAUUCAAAUUCAUUUUUUCUACGUAUUUUUUGAUAAAUUCGAAAGGUGUUCAAUGAUUUAAGGGGAUGCUGGGGUGAUUCUACACCUUUUACACUUUUUGCAUCUAGAACUGUCAAUUCGUGAAACCAUUUGUGUAAUACAUAAAUUAUAAGGCGCUUAUGCGUGCAGAUUGAAAGGGUCCCAUUAUUUGAACUAAAUCAGAAGACAGCAUGGUACGUAUAUUAAGCUGGCACAGCCACUUCAGCCCAAUCGAAAAAAAAACUUACAUAGGAAUUUAGUGCUCUUUUGUUGCUAAUUUGUUGUUCAAGUCCUGAUUUUGUUGUUCCAGCCGAUUCGAAGAAAAUAGUGGCUGUGUCGAAAUAUUUGAUAAAUUUGCAGUUUUAAGAUGUUUUUUAAUCUAGAAUAACGUUAAGGGUGGUUUUGACGUUUAAAAAUGGAGUAAAAAAUAUUCAAAAUAGAGCAAGUAAUUAGCAACAAAUUCGUCCCAAAAAAUGUAUUGUUUUUAUUUUUUCAACUUUUUUAUGGUUGUGCUAACUUUAAUCUAGAGUUAGCACAGCUACUAUUUUCUCCGAAUCGGUUGGAGCAACAAAUUAGCAACAAAAGAGCACUAAAUUCCUAUUUAAGUUUUUUUCGAUUGUGCUGAAGUGGCUGUGUCAGAUAGUCUUAAGGGGAUGCUGGAGUGAUUCUGCACUUUUGCACCUUUUGCACU